UGGCUUGCCUCCCCUUGCCUUUAGCAACAGACAGAAGCAGCAGCACCUCCCAGCUGUGCAGGCCCUAUGCUUACUGUUAGCAGUCAGUCAGGCACAGGCAGACUCUGCAACAAGCUCGGCUUUUUUUCAGUACCUGCACGAAUGAGCCCCUGCCUCUCACCAUUAUUUUGGAUCAUAAUUCUAGUCCUCUUGGAUGCAGUUGCUGGAUUCUGCAGCUCAGGUCUUCAUGAACAAGCGGAUCCACUCAGAGAUUGCACAGCAUUCAAAGGUCCCAGAUCUGCCACUAUGGUUAAAUGUCUUGUUUAAUGGUUGAGAGGUGUGGAACAAUCUCAUUUGACAGUGCAGAUCAGAAUGCCAUAUGUGUUCGCAUGCUAGGACUAGCCCUGCCGUAUCACAGCACCAUAAGGAAGUCCCACGAUUUAGACAACUACAGAGGGGGCCAGAAGAAGGAGCUGCCGCCAUCCAACCAAACCAGAACCAUCAAGAAAAUGUGGGGGUUGGAACAAAGAGUUUAGUUUGGAACAUUUCCAGCUACAGUUUAACAGUAGCAGAAGAGUCGCUGCUGACUAAAGGAGAUGUACGAGUAAAAGGGCAAGCAGGGGUUCUCUCUGAGAGACGAGGGUCCUACCCAUUCAUCGAUUUCCGACUUUUAAACACUCCAUCACACUCAGGUGAAAUCAGCACUAAAAAAAAAGUGAAAAGACUGUUAAGUUUUCAAAGGUAUUUUCAUGCAUCCAGACUGUUGCGUGGAAUCGUGCCGCAAACUUCGCUUCAUUUGUUAGAUGAGGACUACCUUGGGCAAGCAAGGCAUAUGUUGUCAAAAGUAGGAACCUGGAAUUUUGAUAUUUUCCUUUUUGAUCGACUCACAAACGGAAAUAGUCUGGUAACAUUGUUGUGCCAUCUAUUUAAUGUUCAUGGGCUCAUUCACCAUUUUCAGUUAGACAUGGUCAAAUUGCACAGAUUUUUUGUAAUGGUACAAGAAGAUUACCACAGCCAAAACCCUUACCACAAUGCUGUCCAUGCUGCUGACGUAACACAAGCCAUGCACUGCUACCUGAAGGAACCAAAGCUCGCCAGGUUCGUAACCCCUAUGGACAUUAUGCUUGGACUGAUGGCAGCUGCAGCUCAUGAUGUGGACCACCCAGGGGUCAACCAGCCAUUUUUGAUCAAAACCAAACACCACCUCGCUAGCUUGUAUCAGAAUGUAUCCGUGUUAGAAAAUCAUCACUGGAGGUCUACAGUGGGAAUGCUGAGGGAAUCGGGACUCUUAACACAUCUACCGGUGGAUCUGAUACAGGAUGUUGAGCAGCAGCUGGGUUCCUUGAUUUUAGCAACAGAUAUCAGCCGGCAGGAUGAGUUUCUCAGCCGUUUGAAAACUCACCUUGACAACAAAGAUCUCACUUUAGAAGAUGCAGACCACAGACAUUUCAUGCUACAAAUAGCACUGAAGUGUGCAGACAUCUGCAAUCCCUGUCGUCUCUGGGAGAUGAGCAAGCAAUGGAGUGAAAGGGUCUGUGAGGAAUUCUAUAAGCAAGGUGAUUUAGAACAAAAGUUUGAACUGGAAAUCAGUCCACUCUGCAACCAGCAGAAAGAUACAAUUCCUGCCAUCCAAAUAGGCUUCAUAGGGUAUAUCGUCGAGCCUCUAUUUGAAGAAUGGGCCCGAUUUACUAAAGGAACUCCGCUUGCAGGUACAAUGAUGAGUCAUCUCAGGAAGAACAAAGCCAGGUGGCGCGGGAUACUUCACAAGCAGCAUCAUAGCCAUGACAGCCAUUCUGACCAAGUGAAUGACAACAAACAACAAACAAACAAGGCAGGUGAAGACCCGUAACUCAAGAAAUGUGCAGCCUACCAGGACUGUACAGUAUUUUCUUUACAGAUACAUAGUGUCUACAGAGUUGUGGACAUGAUUUCAAGGUUCCAGACUUGCGUUUUGGAAAGACAAACUCUAUAACAACAAGAUGAAGGUGAAAACAUAGCUGACAUUUAAGAGCCAUCUGAACCAGACAUUUCCGUUGUUUUUGUCUUCAAUAUGAAAUGUCCUUGACCUAACUGAAAUUAGGUAUCAUUGUUAAUGUGAUGAAACCCUAAAGAGAUAUGUAGUACCUGAGGUUGUGCUGCACUGCAGGCUCCAGGAAGUGGAUACUAAUUAGAGGAAGACGGCAACACAGACUUGCUCCAAUACGGAUCUGGAGAUACUGCAAGAAUUUAUAACCACAACUUCUGAGUAAGCAUUCGAGCUUCACAGUAUGAAAUGCCAGCAUCUGCAAAUAAAAGGACUUAAUGUCA